CCUCGCAAAGCUGGCGAGACCCAAGAAGAAACAAAGAACGACGAAGGACACAAUCAAUAUCACCAACAUGGCGCCCAAUCUCCCCUUCAAGAUGAACGACUCGGAGAUGUUCCGCGACAAAGCUCUCGUAGGCGGCGAAUGGAUCGAAUCCCAGUCAGGCAAACGCUUCGACGUUUAUGAUCCAGGCAACGGCAAAGUCUGGGCCACCGCCCCCGACUGCACGCCCGAUGACACCGAUGCAGCCGUCACCGCCGCCCACAAGGCCUUCGAAUCCUUCAAGAAGACCAACCCGCGUCAGCGCGCCAAGUGGUUGCUGGAGUGGGACAGACUGAUCCGUGAGAACCGAGAUGACCUAGCCCACAUUGUCACCUACGAGACGGGUAAGCCACUUGCAGAGUCCCAAGGUGAGUUGGACUAUGCGUUGGGCUUCACCUGGUGGUUUGCUGGUGAGGCAGAGAGAGUGCAAGGCACCAUCCAAGUUCCUGCUGCACCGGGGCGGAGAGUCUUCACCGUCAAGCAACCCAUCGGUGUCGCAGUUGCAUUGGUGCCAUGGAAUUUCCCAAUUGCGAUGAUCUUGCGGAAGGCUGGCGCGGCAUUAGCGGCAGGCUGCACCAUGAUUGUCAAGCCUUCGCCCGAGACGCCUUUCUCCGUCCUUACGCUUGCGUAUUUGGCAGAGAAGGCUGGCUUCCCCAAGGGUGUCUUCUCCGUCCUCCCAACAUCGCUCGACAACACGCCCGCGCUGAGCGAGUCGCUAUGCCGGCACCCGCUUGUCAAGAAGGUGACCUUCACAGGUAGCACACGCGUCGGCAAGCUCGUUGCCAAGAUCUGCUCGGACGGUCUGAAGAAGUGCACUCUCGAGCUGGGCGGCAACUGCCCCUUCCUCGUCUUCGAUGACGCUGACCUCGAGCAAGCCGCAACUCAGCUCAUGGCGCUCAAGUGGCGACACGCCGGACAAGCCUGUAUCACUGCAAACCGUGUCUACGUCCAGAAGGGCGUGUAUGACAAGUUCACGCAGAUUCUGGCCGAGAAGACAAAAGCGCUUAAGAUCGGACAUGGUGCUGAGCAAGGCGUGACCCUAGGUCCGGUAACGACGCCCCGCAGUCUUGACAAGGCCAAGUCGCAGGUGGACGACGCGAAGAAGCAGGGUGGUCAGGUCGUGAUGGGUGGCAACCAGCUACACGGCACGAAGGGUUAUGACGGGUAUUUCUUCGAACCGACGCUGAUCACAGGCGCGAAGCAUGACAUGUUGAUUGCAAAAGAGGAGACCUUUGCUCCGAUUAUGGCGCUCUUCGAAUUCGACACCGAGGAUGAAGCCGUCUCGAGGGCGAACGACACCAGCAUGGGCUUGGCGUCGUAUUUUUUCACGAAGAACGUUGACAGGACUUGGCGGUUGCUGGAGAACCUGGAGGCUGGUAUGAUUGGCAUGAACACUGGCAACUCUUCGGCAGCCGAGUCACCAUUUGGUGGUAUCAAGGAGUCCGGCUACGGCAAAGAGUCGGGCAAGGACGUGGCAAUCAAUGAGUAUAUGAUCACCAAGACUGGUACGCUGACGCUGAGUGAUCACUAUUAGUGGCUGCGUGGUGUCUGGGAGAAGAGCACAUACCUUCAAAAUGUGCUGUAGCAAUAGCUGUUGUAGGAUGGAUGCCUUUCGUUCGAUCAUACACUCAUCUUCAUCGCAAUACCUUUGUGCGGGUCAUAGCCGACGACGUUGAAAUCAUCGACUCGCCAUCCGUCAAUGUCACAGCCCGCCUCACGAGCAACCUCCAGCGUGGGAAAGUCU